AUGCAGAGCUCCAAGAUUGUGGUGGAAAAACUCACCAGAAACGUGACCGAGGCCCAUCUGCGCGAGAUCUUUGGCUCAUAUGGUCGUAUCGAGUCGAUUGACCUUCCACUGAACAAACAAUUCAUGACAAAUCGCGGCACCGCCUACAUCCUGUAUGAUCACCCUUCCGGUUCAGAAUCUGCCAUUGCCCACAUGCAUGAAGCCCAAUUGGACGGUGUCGUCAUAUCCCCAGAUCUUCCCGGUUCGGUCCAUUGCCCUCCCGCUACGGACCACCACCAAGAGGACCCCUACCACCGAGAUAUCGAAGCCCACCCCCAAGAAGAGGUGGGUAUGGUGGAGGAAGGCGAGCAGCAGAGGACGACACGUACAUCCCCCGUGAUACUUACUCAAGAUCUCCUUCACCGCCCAGGCGGCGUCGGCGGUCCCCUUCAUAUUCCAGAUCGCCAUCUAGAACACCACCCCGAAGACGUGGCCAACCGGCUCGAAGUCCACCCCGGCGGAGAAGACGCAGUCCAAGUUACAGUUCCCGGAGCAGUUACAGUCACAGCAGAAGCAGAAGCAGAAGCAGAAGCAGGACUCGGUCCAGGAGCCGACCCAGGUACGGUGCAAGAAGAUGAGCUGGAUGAAUGUCGAUGGUGA